CGUGCUUGUGGGGGUGGGGGACAGGCGUCAUUCCCUGGAACCAGCGGACUUCCUCUCGGCUAGUCUGGGUCACCGUGUCUGCCUGUCGCUGGCCCCAGGCUCGCUCUCUGGCCUCAGCCCUCUCUCACUCUCUCUCUCUCUCAGCAGCUGUCUCUCUCGUGCCCGCUGGCCUGUCUCCUUCCUCGCAGUCGCCUCCUUCUUUGCCUGCCUGGGUGGCCGCCAUGGGCCGGAAGCGGCUCAUCACUGACUCCUACCCUGUAGUGAAGAGGAGGGAGGGCCCCGCUGGGCACAGCAAGGGGGAGCUGGCGCCAGAGCUAGGGGAAGAGCCCCAGCCUCUGAGCGUGGAUGAAGCAGAGCUGGAGCUGCUGAGGCAGUUUGAUCUGGCCUGGCAAUAUGGGCCCUGCACAGGGAUCACGCGGCUGCAGCGCUGGCAUCGGGCCGAGCAGAUGGGCUUGGAGCCCCCCGCCGAAGUGCGCCAGGUGCUGCAGACCCACCCUGGAGAUCCCCGCUUCCAGUACAGCCUCUGGCAUGUCUAUCCCCUUUGAGGCACCGCCCAAGGCCUCCUGCCUGCGAUCCCAGGACCUCAGGACACAAGCGGGAGCCAGUUUGCUGCCCCCUUGGCUCAGUUCUGCCAUGAGAGUGUUUGGCUGUGAAGAGUGUGAAGAGGAAAGAGGCUGAAUCUGGAGGUCUCUGAGGCUCAGCCUUCCAUCUAACCAGCAGGCUCCUGGAGCCCCCCCUCUGGGAGCCAACACAGCUGAAGUUUGCACUUCCCACAUGGAGAGUGGUCUCUGAGGACCAGGACCUGACCAUGACCCUUCAGAUGCCUGCUACACACCUCCCUGACCUAAAUGCUGUGCUCUGGGGAAUAGCGUGGCAAAGGGGCACAGCCUUGGACAAAGCCAGACUCAGGCAGGUGUCUAAGAGGCAAAGACACACUCCCCACUUAAGGCUGGGAAUCCGAGGGCAGAACUGGCAAGGGGUUCAUUCAUGCUUAUCAAUAAAGAACAGAGUCUGGAAGCUUGA